AUGGCAGGCUGCGUCCAGCUGCUCCUCUUCCUCCUGGUCCUCCACUGCGUCGAGCCCUCAGCAUUUCUCUCUGCCUCGAAAGCAAAUGAAGUUCUGGUAAGACAGAAGCGAGCUGGUGCCUACCUUCUGGAAGAGCUCUUUGAGGGCAAUUUGGAAAAAGAAUGUUAUGAAGAAAUUUGUGUCUAUGAAGAAGCAAGAGAAGUAUUUGAAGAUGAUGUGACCACUGAGGACUUUUGGGAAAAGUAUAUGGGUGGCUCCCCAUGCAUCUCCCAGCCCUGCCUCAACAACGGGUCCUGCCAGAACCACGUCCGCAGCUACACCUGCACCUGCUCCUCAGGCUACGAGGGCAGGAACUGCGCCUUCGCUAAAAAUGAAUGUCACCCAUUGAGGACUGAUGGGUGUCAACACUUUUGCCUCCCGGGGCAGGCCUCCUACAUGUGCAGCUGUGCAAAGGGGUAUGCACUGGGCCAAGACCACAAAUCGUGCAUCCCACACGAGAAGUGUGCGUGUGGACUCCUGAAUUCUGAAUGCAUCAUGACAGCCCAGAAGAGCAAGCAGAAUCUUCCGAUUUUCCCAUGGCAGGUAAAACUAACCAAUUCCCAAGGAAAAGACUUCUGUGGUGGUGUUAUAAUACAGGAAAAUUUUGUGCUGACAACAGCAAAAUGUUCACUGUUACACAGAAAUAUUAGUGUGAAAACAAAUUUUCCUAGAACAGGUAAGGACCCGCUGACAGUCAAGGUGAAGAGCAUCCAUGUGCACAUGAGGUAUGAAGAAGAGACUGGGGACAAUGACAUUUCACUGUUGGAGCUGGAGCUGCCCAUCCAGUGCCCGGACAUGGGGCUCCCCAUCUGUAUGCCCGAGAGGGACUUCGCGGAGCGCAUCCUCAUCCCAGGGACACGGGGCCUCCUCAUCGGUUGGACCCUCAACGGCUCCGAGCUGGGCAAUGUGCCGACACAGCUGCCAGUCACACACAUGGACAGCGAGGAGUGUGGCACAGCACUUAAUGUGACAGUCACAACGAGGACAUACUGCGAGAGGGGAGCAGCGGCUGGAGGGGUGCAGUGGGUGGAAGGCAGUGUGGUCGCCAGAAAACACAAAGGCACCUGGUUCUUGACAGGGAUUCUGUGCUCGGUGCCCACAGCAGAGUACGGACAGGAGUUUCUUCUCACCAAGGUUUCAAGAUACUCUCUUUGGUUCACACAAAUCAUGAAGUGA